AGCCCGGUGAGGUUCGAGCCGUGCACCCUUGCCCACCCUCCCGGCUGUGACAGCCGCUGCCCGCCCCGCCAUGCCUGCCCGCGGUCCCUCGGGGUCCCGCCGGCCGCUGCUGGCCCUGCUGGUGGCCCUGGGCUGGCUGCUGGCGCUGCAGCUGCUGCUGGACCUGCGGGCGCUGGGGCUGCUGUGCGGGGCGCUGGCCGUGCUGGGCGGCUGGCUGGGCCCCCCGGCCCUGCUUCCCCGCGGCCGCCGCCUGCGCCUGGAGCGCUUCGUCAGCUCCCUGCGGACCCCGGCCGGCAGCCCUGCGGACGAGGCCCGCCUGGAGAAGGAGAUCGCCAGCACCGUCCGCAAGGUGGUGCGGGACUUCGUGGCCUCGUGGUACCGCACGGUGAGCAGAGAGCCGGCCUUCGAGGCCGAGGUGGAGAGAGCCAUGCUGGGGCUGGCCGCGGAGCUGCGGCGGCGGAUGAGGCGGGUGGAUAGGCGAGCGCUGGCCCGCCGCCUGCUCCUGCUCUGCGGGCAGCACCUGCAGAGUUUCCUGCAGGCUCGGGAUGCCCUGAGGGCCGACCCCAAGGGCGGCCGGACGCUGUGGAAGGAGUACAGCCGGCUGGCAGGGCCGCACCCCGCGCUGCUGAGCCCCGCGGCCGAGGUGGGCUGUGCCCGCGCCGCCGUGGACGCGCUGCUGCGGGCGCUGGUGCCCUGGCCGCACCUGGAGACACGGACGGGACGUUUCGUGGUGGUGGAGCUGGUGGCCUGCAACGUGCUGCUGCCGGCCAUCAGGAAGAUGUCCGAUCCCGACUGGAUCAACCUCCUGCUCAUUGGGGUGUUUUCCAAGAAGCCCCGGGGUGGGAAGCCCCACCCUGCACCCCCAGUGCCGGAUUCCUUGCCUUUCCCGGCACAGACGGACGCUGCUCCCGCCGGGCUCUCCCCGUCCCCGAGGGCUGCCGAGGGGCUCAGGAGAGAGGCAGGGGCUGCUGGAGAGGAGGGAGAGGAGGCGAGCAGGUCAUGCCAUGCAGAGGAACCCUUCCUGCGCCCCCAAGCUCUGGGAUCCCUCUUCCCCUGUGACGGUUUGGAGCUGGAAUCCCCCGCGCCUGACGUGGGGCAGGAUGUGGAGCUGCUGGCUCCUUCCCCCGCUGGAGAGCUCCUUGAUGAGCCCCCCCAGGACCCUCCUGUGCCAGAGGGAGCACCUGCCUCGGAGGAUGGCACAGGGGACCUGGACCACGGCCCUGGCCCCAGCUCGGAUGCUGGCCUGCUUCCCACCUCUGCUUUGAGCUCCUGCCCUGACAUCCAGAUCGAGCCAGCGGCUGAGAAGGAGGAGGAAAGCCCAGCUGUCCCCAGGAGGUUCUCCUCACAAAGACCUUCCAGCCUGGGGAAAGAUCUGGGCACAGCAGAGGGCCCAGCACCAUUUCCCCCAGAGCCUGGGCAGAGCCUGCCCCUGCUGUCAUCCUCCCCAACAGCUUCCAUGAGCACCUUCAGCUUCGAGCCCCUGAGCAGCCCCGAGGGGCCGGUGGUCAUCCAGAACCUGCGGAUCACCGGGACCAUCACUGCCCGGGAGCACAGCGGGACUGGCUUCCACCCCUACACCCUGUACACCGUCAAGUAUGAGACAGCCCUGGAAGGCGAGGCGGCGGGCAGCCUGCAGCAGGUGGCUUACCACACCGUGAACCGCCGCUACCGCGAGUUCCUCAACCUGCAGACGCGGCUGGAGGAGAAACCGGAGCUCCGCAAGUUCCUGAAAAACAUCAAAGGACCAAAGAAACUGUUCCCUGAUCUGCCAUUUGGAAACAUGGACAGCGAUAAAGUGGAAGCCAGGAAAAGUCUGCUGGAAUCUUUCCUGAAGCAAUUGUGUGCAGUCCCUGAGAUUGCAAACAGUGAGGAGGUGCAGGAAUUCCUGGCCCUCAACACCGAUGCCAGGAUCGCCUUUGUCAAGAAGCCCUUCGUUGUGUCCAGGAUAGACAAGAUUGUUGUCAAUGCCAUCGUGGACACCUUGAAGACGGCGUUCCCCAGGUCAGAGCCCCAGAGCCCCACGGAGGAUCUGAGUGAGUCAGAAGUGGAUGGGAAAUCCCAGACAGACGGGAAGAAAAGCAAGUCCAGGCUGAGGUUCUCAUCCAGUAAAAUCACUCCAGUGCUGAGUGUGAGUGAAGCUCAUGACAGGAUCGUGUACUCCAUCAGGGAGGGCAAUGCUGUCUCUGGCACCCUGUCUCUGGCUGCUAUGGAAUCCUUCAUCCAGAAGCAGGAGAAGCUGCUGGAAGCAGUCCCCAGCAAAGCUCCUGAAGGCCAGGGAGGCAGAGAAGCCAAGGAGAUCUCUGUGCAGGAAGAAAUGGAUGGGCUGAGCAGAGCAGAGCAGGAAGGACAGCCAGACACUGACUCUGACUCCGAGACAGCUUUGGCUGACCUGGCCCUGGACGUGCUCCGUCUGGUGCUGGUGGAUCACUGGGGCUGGCUGUGCACAGAGAACAUCCAGAAGGUUUUCAACGUGCUCUUUGGGACCCUUGUUCAAAGGUGGCUGGAGGUGCAGAUGGUCACCCUGACCUGCACCCAGCGCUGGGUCCAGUACCUCCAGUUGCUGCAGGAGUCCAUCUGGCCUGGAGGAGUCCUACCAGCAGUGCCUAAACCCCCCAGGACAGAGGAGCAGAAGAAGGCAACAGCAGAGCAGGCCCUGCAGAGCCUGAUGGGGAUCUUGCCCAAUGUGAUCCAAGAAAUCCUUGGGACCAGGAAGUGUCAGAUGAGCUGGAACCUGGUGCUGGAGUCACUCAGCCAGCCUGUGAUCAACAGGCACCUGGUGUUCUGCCUCCUGGACAUUCUGCUGGAGUUCUUGGUUCUGAAGGGCUCCAGCAAGGAGCCUGAGGCUGCAGCUGCCACACCAUGUGCCUGCAGUGGCACAGACAAAGGUGUCCCAGCACUUUAACCAGCCUGGUGCCCCAGCAGUGGAGGAGAGAAGCAGCCACAGGCAUGGAGUGUUGGAUUUUCAUCCUUUACUGAACGUGCCUGGGAGCUUCCUGGAAGGAAUUUCUCCAGCCAGUGCUAAGUGAAGCUGCUUCCAGGCUUCUCUGUGUCAGCUGGGUGGUGGAGCAAACCCAGAGGUGCUGUGCAGCAUCUGUUCCAUUGCUGACCUGAUGGGGAGCCUGCAAUGAACCAGCCUGACCAGCUGGAGAAGGAACCACAGACCCUUCUGAACAUCUCUAACAUCUGCAGGAGAUCUGCUUUUGUGGCUCCAGGGUCCACCUGGCACUGAGAGUUGGUGUGCUGGCAUCUGCUGCUGAAUGUUUCUGCAGGACAGGGAAGGGCUGCAGGGCUGUCCCUGCUGUCUGAGCAGCCUGCCCUGCACCAGCUGUGUCCCCAGAAGGAAGAUGGGGAAAGGAUGGAGUGUGGAGAAGUCCUGGAGUGUGGAGAUGUCCUGAAGUUCAGCAUCCAACUGCCCAAACACCUGGGAGGUGAGAGCAGGGCCAGAGGUGCUGCCCUGCCUUAGGGACAGAGCUCAGCUGCUUCUCCCUGCUCUGGUUCUCAGUAGGUGCAGGCAGGCUGGGAUCCUGGCAAAGAGACCCUCCCCAGGCUAGGGAGGAGUGCUGGCUUGGCUGGACUUUAGGACUUGUUUAUAUUGUGCUUUCUGAGUCACCUUUUAGUCCCUGGGACAGUCACCUGGAAGGCACAGGCCAAAGGAGCUGAGCCAUGUGGGACAGCAGCAAAUCAGCUCCCACCCAAACCUGGCUGUCACAGGAAGCUCUGGGAGAGGAAUGAGGAGCCCAGGGGAAUCCUGGAUGUGUG